CCCUUUCUCACUACAUUCUUCGCUGCAUAAACUACACCAACCAUCAUCUACUUCCCUUCUCCACUAGAUUUCUUGUGUAUUAUUUUCAUCCCUUUUUCCUUUUGCUCUUUCGGGUGUUUUCCCAUUUACCGUCUCUAUCAAGAAACUACAUGCAAAGCUAAGAGUAUGGGAUGCUACCCAGGGUUUUGCCUUGCCUGAAAUGGCUUCUCAGCUACAACUUCAGUGCUUCUUUUACUUGUCUGUGUAUCCAAAUUGCAGAAAUGGUGAUAUUGUUUGGUUUCCAUGCUACAAAAACUUGUGCAAGGGAGUGUUUUGAUCUGGGUUUUUAGGUAAGGAGCUUCAGAUAUUUGGUUUUGGUCUCAUUUUUUCAACUCCAUUGCUAUUUUUAAUGAUAGAGAAUCAUGUUUAUACUGCAAAGGGUACAUUAGAAAGGUGUUAUGCAAAGUAUCUGAGGUACAGUGUUGAUGUGGUGGGUGUGUAUUCAAGUUAGCUUUGAACAGUUAGGUUCAUAUUGUGCUGCAAUGGUAGUUCUCUGCCUAUUUAUUAGAGAUUCUUCUGUUUGGGUCUCACUUGUGGCUUUGUUGAAUAUAUGGUGGUUAGUUUCGGGUCUAGGCUCGAUGUCUAGUAUUGCCAUUUCUUAUGGCGAGAAUGGUCCUGUUUUUUGUGGCUUAAAACCUGAUGGUUCACAUCGUGUGACCUGCUAUGGAUCAAAUGCUGCAGUCAUCUAUGGGACCCCUUCUCAUUUCCCAUUUGUGGGUCUAACUGCCGGUGACGGUUUCGUUUGUGGCCUGUUGAUGGAUUCGAACCAACCUUAUUGUUGGGGAAGCAGCGGCUAUGUCAAAAUGGGGGUUCCUCAGCCAAUGAUUAAGGGAGCCGAGUAUGUAGAAAUCAUUGCAGGAGAUUACCAUUUAUGCGGUUUGAGAAAGCCUUUAACCGGAAAGCGUCAAAAUUAUGCUUUGGUUGAUUGUUGGGGUUAUAAUAUGACCAAGAACUAUGUGUUUGAUGGGCAGAUUGAAUCACUCUCUGCGGGAUCGGAGUUUAACUGCGGGUUGUUUUCUCGGAACAUGACUGUUUUGUGUUGGGGUGAUGAGGCGAAUAGCCAUGUCAUUAGCUUGAUUCCUAGAGAAAUGAGGUUUCAAAAGGUUGCUGCUGGGGGAUAUCAUGUAUGUGGGAUUUUGGAAGGGUUGAACUCUAGAGUCUUUUGCUGGGGAAGGAGCUUGAACCUCGAAGAAGAACUGUCCAUGCCAGUUGCAUAUUCACGUCAAGGAAAUGUUGAUUCGCCGCCGAAAGAUCUGAUGCUCACAGUUGUUGGAGGGAAGUUUCAUGCUUGUGGAAUCAAGAGUUACGAUCACCAAGUGGUUUGCUGGGGUUUCAUUGUCAAUCCAUGUACCCCUCCUCCGAAAGGUGUUAAAGUCUAUGGAAUUGCAGCUGGAAAUUACUUCACCUGUGGUGUUAUAGCCGAAAAAUCCUUUCUCCCAGUUUGUUGGGGCGUCGGAUUCCCCACCUCGCUCCCUCUUGCAGUCUCACCCGGACUUUGCAAAGACACUCCUUGCACACUGGGUUUCUAUGAAGUUAGUCCUAAGAAUGCACCUUGCAAGUCUCCUAACUUUCAUAUUUGUAUGCCCUGCAGCAUUGGUUGCCCUGCUGAAAUGUACCAAAAAUCAGGAUGUACUUUGAAGGCCGAUCGUGUUUGUGAUUACAAUUGUUCUAGUUGCAAUUCAGUGGAAUGCUUCUCUAAUUGUUCUUCGUCUUCGAAUUCUGAUGCUGCUAAUGGAAGUAAAAACGAGAGGUUCUGGUCGCUGCAAUUACCAAUCAUCGUUGCGGAGAUUGCCUUUUCCGUGUUACUGGUUAUUAUGAUAUCGUUAACUGCAGUUUUAUAUGUUCGAUACAGGUUGCAUAACUGUCGCUGCAAAGCAAAAGAGUCAAAAUCCAUGAAAGCUAAUGAGGUUGCUUCUUGCCGAAAGGAAAACAUAAAAAUCCGUUCCGACUUCGAUGAGCUUAAGAUCAAGAGAGCUCGGAUGUUCAAUUACGAAGAACUUGAGAGGGCCACUGGUGGAUUCAAAGAAGAAUCCGUGGUUGGAAAAGGAAGUUUCUCAUGCGUUUAUAAAGGGGUAUUGAAAGAUGGGACUGUUGUUGCAGUUAAAAAGGCUAUAAUGUCUUCAGAUAAACAGAAGAAUUCGAAAGAGUUCCGCACAGAGUUAGAUUUAUUGUCAAGAUUGAACCAUGCCCAUCUUUUGAAUCUGCUCGGAUACUGCGAAGAAGGUGGAGAACGGCUUCUGGUUUAUGAGUUUAUGGCUCAUGGAUCAUUGCACCAGCAUCUUCAUGGAAAGAACAAAGCCUUGAAAGAGCAAUUAGAUUGGGUCCGAAGGGUCACCAUCGCAGUCCAAGCUGCUAGGGGAAUUGAAUACUUGCACGGUUACGCUUGCCCGCCAGUGAUUCAUAGGGACAUCAAAUCUUCGAACAUUCUCAUCGACGAAGAACACAAUGCUCGAGUGGCUGAUUUCGGUCUCUCUUUACUAGGACCUGCAGAUAGUAGCAGUCCAUUAGCCGAGCUACCUGCUGGAACACUCGGUUAUCUUGAUCCGGAAUACUACAGGCUUCACUAUCUCACAACAAAAUCCGAUGUCUACAGCUUCGGCGUGUUAUUGUUGGAAAUUUUAAGCGGACGAAAAGCCAUUGAUAUGCAAUACGAAGAAGGGAAUAUAGUUGAGUGGGCAGUUCCAUUGACUAAAUCGGGAGACAUAUCUGCAGUUCUAGACCCCGUUUUAAAACCCCCUGCAGACAUUGAAGCUUUAAAAAGGAUUGCAAAUGUGGCUUCCAAAUGUGUGAGAAUGAGAGGAAAAGAGAGACCAUCAAUGGAUAAAGUGACCACUGCUUUAGAGCGAGCUUUGGCUCAGUUGAUGGGCAGCCCGUGUAGCGAACAACCGAUUUUGCCAACUGAGGUGAUCUUGGGAAGCAACAGAAUGCACAAGAAGUCUUCUCAACGGUCUUCAAAUCGAUCGGUCUCGGAAACUGAAGUCGCAGAAGAAGUGGAGGACCAAAGGUUUGAGUUUAGAGCUCCUUCAUGGAUUACCUUCCCUAGUGUAACUUCGUCUCAAAGGCGGAAAUCAUCGGUAUCGGAAGCAGAUGUCGAGGGAAAGAACAUAGAAGGAAGAAACACGGGCAAUUUAGGGUAUGCCGGGGAUGGUUUGAGAAGCUUGGAGGAAGAGAUAGGCCCUGCAUCUCCUCAACAAAGUUUGUUCUUACAACACAAUUUCUAAAUGAACCCAGAAAAUGUUAUGAAUUGUUGUAUUUGUUGAGGGAAAUGGAACUGUAAAAAAAAUUGAGAAUGAGAGGAUGUAACUUUUGAGGAUUUUUAUAGUAUCAUAUCCUGGUUUGCAUCUUGCAUGUGUUUCGAUUAAUUUGAAUUCUUCCUUGUGACUAUCAAGUUUGUACUGAUUGUAACUUGUAUGAUCUGUUUCUUCUAAUGCUAAUGGAUGAAAUUCAUAUUUACUGUUCAGUUUCUUAAAUUACGAAAGUUUCGAGUUCUAUUUUAACUUCACAACGACAAAG